GCACGUGACUUAUAAAUAAACUCGGAAAAAAAUGUCGGCUGAUUGUAACCCGGACUCGUGAAAUCAGAGCCGAUAAGUGGCCGAAAAACGCAAAACUAUGGAUAACACCGAGAUCAACAGAAUCUGAUGGCUUUUAUGGAUUGUUCAGAUGCUUACGGGAACUGCAAAAAAGGAGGACAUUUUCUGGAUUGGACGUGAAUCGGCAUGAACGUGGAGUCACCGGAACGACUAUCCGAGCUGAUAUCCCUUCUAGAAUCCGAUGACCCGGACACCGUGGAACAAACAAAAUCCCUGAUAAACGAGAAUCUGUAUAAAUCUAAGGACCCGAGUUUGCUGAAUGCAUUGGUUGACUGCUUCCUUGAAACCCGAUCUACGACCGUGCUAAAUAUCUUAACGAACGUGCACGAAGCUAAGGCACACAUCUUAUUCGAGAAGCUAAAUGAUUGUUUAAGACACGGUCGCAGCACCCGUGGCCGUAUCGACAGCCUUACUCUGUUAGGAUAUGUUGUCCGAAGACAGCCCUCCUGGUUAUAUAAAAUUGUGAAAACUGCUCUGUUUGAGAAUCUGGUAAAAUGUUUGAAGAGUGAGUCAGAUGUCUUGCUUCUGGUCAAUGGCAUCCUCACCAUCACCACCUUGUUGCCCCUUGUGCCGGCAUCUGUUGGAUCAUGGCUCAAUGAUUUAUUUGAUAUCUUCACACGUCUUGCUGCCUUCCUCACAAGUAGACCAGGAAACAUCCCUGAUGUAUACUUGCUACACUUGCAUGUGUCUGUUUACAACUAUUUCCAUCGCCUGUAUGCCAUGUUCCCCAACAACUUUGUGGGUUACCUGAGGCACAUGCGAAACGACAAAAGCAAACAAAUCCUAUUCCAGACAACCAUAAAGCCAAUGCUGGAGCAUGUUCGUUUGCACCCCUGUCUAGUCACAGAAACGUCCCAAACAGAAUUAGGGAAACACAGAUGGAAGAAGAAGGAACCACAAGACAUUGUGAUUGAAUGCCAGAAUAUUUCUCUGGAUCCUGUUGACAGGCUUCAAAGUGAAAAUAGUCUCAAUGCUUCCUGGACAUCCAGGCAAAGUGUUCCAGAGCCGUCGGCAAUAGAAAAAUCUGUCCAUUCAGCUGUAGUAACCUUUGAGGACUACCAUGAGAUUCAACCGUGCGAGAUCCCUCGACUUAAGGAGCGACGCAUGUCAGAUUCUGCAACACAGACUGGGAAAUCGCUACAAAGUGGUGAUAGCGGCACAGGUAGUAUGCCGUUGGUGUCGGCAGAUGAGUUGACUAAUGAUGGGUGGAGUCCAGCAGACAUGUGUGGUCUAUGUACACCACCCUCCUCACAAUUGUCCCCGUCAACCAGCAAUCAAGACUUGUCCUCUUCAUUAACAUUUCUGCCGAUAUCACAGUGCAGUACACCAGCAGUGGUAACCACCCCAGGUGAUUCACCAACAACCUCCCUGGCUGGUGAUACUGCCGACAGUAACCAUGGAAAAGUUAGGAGAUUUGUUACGUCAAUGCCAUCUGGACGUGGGACUGUGCUAACGCCUAAGCCGCAAGACAGUUUACCUAGUUCCAGAGUAACUACUGAUUCUGCUAAACCUCCUACUCCAGCUCCAGAUACCCCAACAUCAACCCCUCGAUCAGGCGAAAGCUCAUUGACUGACACAAAUAGAUCGACUUGUUCCAACCAGGCUUCAGUUUUCACUUAUGAUAGACAGAUUUCUGCUGAAGCCUCAUCUCUAUCUGAGCCUGCGACUCCAAUAGAGAAGACUUUUGGUGAAAGCUACUUGUAUAAUUCCACCAAAGAACCUAAAUUUCUGAUCGAACAGGAACAAUUGACUUGUAGUGAAGAUAUUCCGGUUGAAACUGCAGAAACAGUUCUUAGACAUAACAGCUUCACCUCCAUGGAAUUGCCGAGUCAACCACCUCCAAGUUUGAAUGCCUCAUUUAGUUAUGACAAUACUAGUGGAAUUCCCAUGGAAAGUCUGGUUUUUGAGAAUUCAAAGAUUAUAGAAAUUCAUAAAUUGAAUGAUAUAGUCACAUCUAAUGAGACAGUGAAAAACAGUCCAGAAAUGGCCUCUUGUGAUGUUUCAAAGGAGAUAACAAAGUCAAUAAGUAAAUCUGAUAAAUCUGAUAAAUCAGACUUUGAGUGCAAGCUUGAUUCAUCAACGUCUACAUCCCAAGAUGGUAGUAAAAGACUACAGUCAUUUAGCAUGUACCUAUCACAAUGUAACUGCCAAGGGCUAAAACCAGCGGAAGUUAUACCAGGUAUAGAAGGUAGAAUACCUGGAAAUACACCCACAGGAGACAGAACAGCCACAGUUCGGCUAACACCAACUGAAGUCUUGGAUAGCUACUUGCAAUUCGGUAGCAUCGUGCAUCAUGAAGAAUUCAGCAGGAUAUCAAUGAUUAGCCAGGCAAACACUGAUUGGACACACUUUGGAGGUUCUCCACCACAAGAUGAAAUUGCAAUCCUUCGCGGCCAGGUACAGCUGCUGCACCACCAACUCCUCUAUGAACGCCAUAAGUGUGAGCAGCAUGCCAUUCGUAACAGGAGGCUGAUAGGGAAGACCUUUAAAGCCGUCCAAUACCAAGAGGAGCUACAGGCUAUUAAAGACCACUUAAGACUUCAGGAAGACAAAAUGAGGGAACUGACCCAGGCACUAAACAAGCAAACAGAGGACAACAGAAAGUUGAAGGAGAUAACUUCAGGUUGGGAUAAUCAACAGCAAACACACUUGAGGAAUUUGCUGAAUGAGAAUGCCCAGCUACAGUACACCAAAGGAGAACUGAAGGCAGCCCUUGAAAAGCAAAAGAAAGAAUAUGAAAAACUCAAAUUGGAACUUGACCAGUCUCAAGCGACAGUCUUUAACUUGAGGCGAGAAGUCAGAGAUUACAAACCCAAACUUGAGGAGAAACUUCAUCUGGGCGCUGAGAUAGACAAACUCACAAAGGAACUAGUUAUAAUGGGUGAGAUCAACCAGCAGCAAAAGGAUCUUAUCAAGCAACUGAAUAUCAAGACAGGAAAAAAUCCGGAGGCAUCCAAACAGCUGCAUCACUGCCAAAAGGAACUCUCUUGUGUAAAACAUGCUGCCAGGAAGCAUAAGGUUGAAGUAGAAGCACUGCAUAAGCAGAUAACCGACCUGGAGUCAGUUAUCAAAAAGAAGAAUAUUGAAACUCAAGAGCUCAAGAAGUUUGCUGAUAGUCUCACUGGAACGUACACUGGCAAAAUAAAGGCCUUGGAGGAAAAAUAUGCAGCUCAGAAAAAGGUCACACAGUCUUUAGAAGCCCACAUCCUGAACCUAAAGCUUGCUCUUCAAGACACUACAAACAAAAGACACCAAAAGGCUGCAGCUCAUCUGAGAGUAGAAACUGGGACUGAAACCCAAGGUGCAUCUGAUAACUUAACAGAAGAAAAUAAAGAUAAAUUGUCUCAUUUGUCUGCUUCUACAGUGGUGGUAGAAGAUUCAGACCAAAGAUUAGAACAUCUGCAAGGAGCAUGUGGGGGUUGUGCUGAUGCUAGCUCAUAACUAGACAUUUCAAACUUUUACAAAUACCAAGCAAAUCCAGAGACUUCUGAUUCAUUGUGUCUCUUACAAUGUUUGGUUGACAUUUGCCUUGUGGAUAAACUAUGAUAGGAAGUUUUUCAGACAAAUAUAGAUUACUUAACUCAGGAAUGUUCUACAUUUAGAAAUGAAAUUGCAUGGCAUUGGUGAACGGUAUGUAAAGAGUGGUCUAGUACUAAGUGAAGUCUUGAAUCUGUCAAUCGCUUUCUGUUUGGUUCUUGUUGGAGGAAAUGAGAAUCAGAUAACUAAAGUAAUUUUAAAGGCAUCUUUAAUUGACUUUUGAAUAUCACUGACAGCAAGAAAACUUUUUUUACAAACCAUUGAUUGGUGAUGAUUAUAAUGCAAAAAAAGUGCAAAAACUCCCAAAGAAAUAAGGCCAAGUUUAGACAUGACACUUGGGCUAUUUUACCCUGGCUAGCAAAGGCUCCGACUGUAGCUCUUCGUGGUCUCUUGCUGUGAUCUUUGGCUUACAGUGAACAAGUCGAGCUUUGAGCCUCUGUAUUUGGCGAAGGCUCCUUCGCAUUUUUUUUUUACAUUAGAAAUAGCAAAUAUUUUAUGGUGUCUAGACAAGGUAUAUUCAAGAAAAAAUGUAUAAUCCUGAGUAUUGCAAAAACUGCUUGCAAAUAGGCGAUUCCAGCUAUAAGCAUGCGUGCGCACUCACCAUGGUAACCUACCUCAACUAUGAGCGUGCAGCGCCGCUUCAUAUGAUGUAAGCUUAAAACAGCGCGCGCUGCAUUCUGGUAGUUGAGGUAUGUUUCUAUGGUUAUGCCUGCGCAAACUUAUAGCUGGAAUAGCCUAUUUGCACAAAGAAAAUAAAAUGUCAAGUAUCUUUCUAAUAGUUUAUUGGUAUGGAAAAUAAUUAUUAAUUUAUUUGCUCCACAUGUGAGCAUAUCAGAGUAUAAAUAAAUAUACAUUGUAGUGAAAA